UCAUGCUGCUGCCAGGUCCAGAGUCUCUCAUGGGUCCCUGUACGGCCUCCCAUUGCUGCUGUCUCCAUCGCCACACUCUGCCAUGUGCCACUUUCAGGUCUCCUCACACUGCUGGUGUGUUGAAUUUUUUGACAUAGGGUGCUGGCAGAUUACGGGCCUCCCAUAGCUGCUGCCAGGCCCCUAAUCUGCCAUGGGCCCCUAUACCGCCUCCUCAUGCUGCUGCCAGGUCCAGAGUCUCUCAUGGGUCCCUGUACGGCCUCCCAUUGCUGCUGUCUCCAUCGCCACACUCUGCCAUGUGCCACUUUCAGGUCUCCUCACACUGCUGGUGGGUUCCAUUUUUUGU